GAGGAGGAGCAGGUUGGCCUGGCCAGCACCUCGGACACGCCAGCAGGUGUGGGGCAGAAGGCACAACAAUCUGAGAAGGAGUUUCCACUGCAUGCAGCGGCAAAGUGUGGGGACGCCAGGCUGGUGUGGAAAUUGCUGCAGUCAGGUGAAAAUCCAGAGGUUCGCCACCUGGGAUGCACUGCGUAUCAGGUGGCAUCAAGCAAGGAUGUGCGGGACACGUUUCGCAGGUUCAAGGCUCAGAAUCCCGAACGAUGGAAUUAUGAGGAUGCUGGUGUACCAGCUUCUUUGACUCCAGAAAUGGAAGCUGAGAGGAGGGCUAAGAAGGCGGAGAAACGUGCAAGGCAAAAGACGCGCCAGAAAGAGAAGAAGGCUGCGGAAGAGGAAAGCGUUGCGAAGCUGAAUGCUGAGGAGGAGGUGGCAAAGGCCGUUGCGGAGGCGGCCCAACAAGCUGCCAGGAUGGCAGCUUCUAGGAAAUCGAGAAAGCAGUCUGGGAAGGGCAGGGGCCAGAGCCAAGCCCAGGCAGCAAGCAGCGAAGAGGCCCUGCAGCGGAGGCGUGAGCAGAUGGCCGCGGCAGCUGAACGACGGAUAGCCGCAUUGAAAGACUCAGCUCGGCAGCAACAGCUUUGGUGA